AUGGCUGCACUCGUACCGAAGGUCGACAACCUCGAUCAUGUAUAUGCGGGAGCUGGCGAGGGCAACGACGUGCCCGCUGAGCUGCGACAUCGCUUCAGAAAUUUGAUCACGACCUUCGGAGAGAAAUACGGCCAGAAACCAGAAUUUGUAUCUCGAAGUCCUGGAAGGGUCAAUAUUAUCGGUGAACAUGUCGAUUACUCGUUAUACAACGUCCUGCCGGCUGCGGUCACAGUUGACGUACUCAUCGCUGUCCGUGUCCUCCCACGCGAUGGCGGAGCUGAGCCUAUAAUCAAGAUUGCCAACGUCAACCCUGACAAAUACCCCUCCAAUGAAUAUACGAUACCGAGCUCGGGAACAGUUGACGUCAAUACGCAGAAGCACUCCUGGAGCAACUACUUCUUGGCUGGACUGAAAGGGUCAAUGGAAUAUCUCCGAAAGCAUUUCGGCGACUCUUUCGGACCCCGUGGCAUGGAACUCCUCAUCGACGGCAAUGUCCCGGCCGGGGGCGGCCUCUCCAGUAGCGCAGCCUUCGUUUGCGCCUCUGCUCUGGCCGUAAUGGCGGCGAAUGGCCACGACAUCUCGAAGCAGGACCUCCUAGACCUUUGCAUAGUGUCAGAGCGCUCUGUCGGUGUCUUUUCUGGUGGUAUGGAUCAAGCGGCGUCCAUAUUCUCAGAGAGAGGGUUUCUGCUGUAUUGCCGAUUCUUCCCAACCUUCUCAGCAGAGAAUGUCCCCAUCCCGGUGUCCGACCCAGAAGUGACUUUUCUGGUAGCUCAGUCAUUCGUCACCUCCGACAAGGCUGUAACGGCGCCGAUACAUUACAACCUCCGAGUCGUGGAAUGUACCCUCGCAACUGUGGUACUGGCCAAGUUGCACGACAUUCCUCUCGACCCAGACCAGAGCUCACUUGGAUUCUGCCUGCGGAACUUUCAGGAAGAGAUAAUGAGAAAGGAAGGCCGCCUCGACGAACCCAUGGCAUCUCAAGUGGAAUCGGUAAUCGAUAUCAUCAAGUCGAAGCUCGACAAGCAAAGCUAUACAAGAGACGACAUUGCGAACAUCUUGGGCAUUUCGGUCGAGGAACUAGAGAAGCAGUAUAUGUCCAAAUUCCCGAUCCGAGCGGAAUCUUUCAAGCUGAGACAAAGAGCAUUGCAUGUUCUCGAAGAGGCUGGACGCGUGCUCAAAUUCCGUGAUACCUUGACGACGUCCGGAAAGCUGGAUGAAGAGAAAUUACGGUAUCUCGGUGAGCUCAUGAACGAGACGCAGGAUUCGUGUCGGGACGUCUACGAGUGCUCAUGUCCCGAGAUCGACGAAAUUUGCGCAAUCGCGCACAAGGCUGGUGCUUAUGGCACUCGACUGACAGGUGCUGGGUGGGGUGGCUGUACAGUCCACCUAGUGCCACAGCACAAGGUUGAUGCUGUAACUGAAGCUCUCAAACAAGAGUACUACUACAAGAAGUUCCCUGACAUCACCAAGGAGAAGCUUCAGGAGGCUAUUGUCAUUUCAAAACCCAGUCAGGGAUCAUCGUUGAUUGUUGGUGCGGCCCUUGACCUAUAG